UCACCCGCCUCCAUCCUGAAUAAAUGAAAUCCUCGUUCGCCUGCACAGCAUACUGAGAUAUGCUGGGCUGCAAGUUAAUUUCUUUAGAAGAAAAGCAACAAAGCGAUUAAUAAAUUUCAAAAUGUGCGAUUAAUUAGUCAUUUUUUGGGAUCUAUUGACCUAAUAUAAAUGUAUAGACACAGUGUGCUUGUUUUCAUCACGUCUACUUUAACUUUGCUUUCAAGCUUUUGAGUUUAAAUUCCCAGUUGGAUUUGUUGUUGUUGCCAAAGGUGUUAUAAAAGAAGGUGUAGAGGGACAACAGCCUUUGAUGGGGGUGUAGCUUCUUCACCGUGUAAACCUUCCUUCUGUAUGCAUUCAUGGUGUGACACUGACAAAGAAGAAUUUGAGGAGAAAGGUAUGACAAGUACUUAUCUUAUUAUGGACAAUGUUUCUGUGGUAAGAUUCUUCAUUCUAUCAGGGUUAAACGAGACAAAUGAUUACAGAGUAACACUCUUUACAUUCACUUUACUGUAUUACUGUAUGAUUUUGUUUUUCAAUAUUUCUAUCAUCAUGAUUAUCAUCUUGGAUCAAAACUUACAUGAACCCAUGUACAUUUUAUUGUGUAGUUUUUGCAUGAAUGGUCUUUAUGGGACCACGUGUUUCUACCCCAAGUUCCUCUUAGAUCUGUUUUCUUCCUCUCAACAGAUUUCCUAUGAAUGGUGCCUUUUACAGGCUUUUGUCAUGUAUUCGUUUGCUUGUUGUGAGGUAUCCAUCCUAGCAGUCAUGGCCUAUGACAGAUAUCUGGCUAUAUGUCGACCUCUUCACUACCAGUCUGUCAUGACAAAGAGGAAGGUCUCCCAGCUUAUAUGUUUCUCCUGGUUCACACCUUUCUGCAUCUUUUCCAUCAAUGUUCUGCUGACGUCAAGACUGAAGUUAUGUGGCGUAAAGAUUGACAGACUGUUUUGUGUGAACUGGGCAAUUGUUAAACUUGCUUGCUAUGAAUCUGACACCUUUUCGAACAACAUUACUGCAUAUUUUACAUUAAUCAUAUAUUUAUCUCAGGGAUUAUUCAUAAUCUGGACCUAUAUGUAUCUUAUUAGAACGUGUGUGAAGUCCAAGAAUGAAAGGGUGAAGUUUAUGCAGACGUGUGUGCCUCAUUUAGCCUCUUUAUUUACGUUCAUUGUUGCAGUUCUUUUUGAUUUAAUGCAUAUGCGAUUUGGCUCAACAGAUUUACCUCAGAGCCUUCAGAACUUCAUUGCUAUGGAAAUCCUCCUCUUGCCUCCUGUGAUGAAUCCUCUAGUCUAUGGAUUUAAAUUGACGAAGAUACGAAACAGAAUUUUAGGCUGCGUUUUUUUGCAAGAAAAUUAUCGUCAUUGAGGUCAAUCUCAAUUAAAUCAAUUGAGAGAAAUAAAUUCAUGUUUGAUGUUUUUGUUUGAGGAUAUAUGAAUAUGUCUGCAGAAUAUCCCAAUCUGCUCUCCACGACUGAUGAAUAAAACCCUCAAUGUAUGUUGAUUAACAAAGCGUUUCCAAAUUCAGUGUUGGUUGAAGAUCCAUCUUUAACUUUUAUGUGUAUGAAUCAUAUGCUACUUGUUAAAUGUAUGACCAAAUGGACAUUUUAAUCUUAUGUUCCAUACACACAAUGCAAUUAUUGUCAACCAGAAAAAAUGGUAAAUAUAGUGCACAAGAGUGUCAUGGACCUACACCCCACAAUCAUAUUUCUAGAUAAAAAAAAUUGAAAACUAGACUAACUGUUGCACUGUGUAACAGAAUCAACCCACCUAAGAAUGUGGAUUGCAUGGCAGAAUGACACACAAAACUAAAUGCUCCCAGUAGAGUGCAGAUGAAUGGCAGGUGUGACUGCAUCAAUCUGGCUUUAAUGUUCAAUUGAACGUAUACAAAUCAAAGUUAUCUAUCUUUCUGUCACGGCAGCAACCGGAUGCAUGAUUCUCACACAAGCAUCUCAACCAACCAACAUACACUCUCUCUCUUUUCUAUCCAUGAAGCUGUUUGCACCAGCCUCCCGCAGGCUUGAGUCUCAGGUGUGUCAGCUCCACUCUGAGGCUGUAAUUUGGCUUUAGCUCCAGAAAUGGCAUA